AUUAUUUUUAAUAAAUGAAUCCCAUUCGUGUCUAUCCACUCAAAUUUAAUAACCAAGAAUCUCUUGUCAGUUCUCCUGGUCUUAAAAAGAAGUAACAACCUUCUGAACGCACUCAUACUUUAUAGAUUAAGUAACUAAUUAAUGUAAUUUAGUCCAUAAUAAACACCUCAACAAAGCAGAAGCAAUCAAAAAAGACAUCCAACCAGUGGAUUAACUUCCCAAGAUGAAAAAAUUAAGCUUGUACUUAUUUAAAUUGCAUAUUUUGUAAUAGGUUACUUAAAAGAAAUUAUAAUUGCUAUAGCCAUCAAGUUAUUCACCUAAAAAGAGAGUCAUUAGUAGUAAUAAUGAUAAACCUGAAAUUUCUAAAUUCUCUAACUAAUCAACUGAAGUAUUAUUCAAAUUUAAACGCAAGCCUUAUUCUCCAACUAAAUUACCAAAUUUAAAAAGAAGUGAAUCAUCCACAACAACACAAGAAAUUUUAGCUAAAAUUGAUUUGAGUUUGGCUUAAAAGAGGAGUAAACGUACAGAUACUAGCAAUGCUGAUAACACUCCUCAAGUAUCAAUGAUUAUUACUAUAUUAGAAUAAGACAUCAUUUCUUAAAAUGUAUUAAGAUACAUCUCCUAAAAUUCGUUAAAUUUAAAGCAGAGUUAGUUCUUAAGCCAUAGAACAAGAUAUUAAAAUCAAACCAAGGAUGCCUUCUUAGGUAAUAAUGUUGCAUGGAAGAUCAACUAGUCAAGCUGCAUUGGUAAAUUCAAAUCCAACAGAAAAUGAAGAAUCAUAAGAUUAUGUCUAAUUAUUUUUAUCAAAGUAAAUUACUUAGUUUUAUAACCAAUAGAUCUUAAGCAGGUCAAAAUGGAAACAAACAAACUAAAACAAAUUAAGAUUCAGUAAUUAUCUCGAAUAAUUUUUGUGGAAUGAAAAAUAGGUAAAUCAAUAAAUUAAUUAAAUUUAAAGAUACCUAUUUUCGGUCUGUGAUGGACAUGGUGUGUAUGGACAUUAUGUUUCGUAAUUAGUAAAAAGAGUGUUGCCAACAAUAAUUGAAGCAUAAUUGAAAACUUUUAUAGGAAAAUAAGAAAUAGAUAUUGGUGAAGAAUAUUACACCGAAAUGGUGAAAUGUUUCAAUAGUAGUUUUUAAAAGAUGACCAAAGAUUUAGUAAUUUUAUUAAAUUAUUCUCUCUAGUAAAAUUGUGGAAUAGACAUCACCUUUAGUGGUAGUACAUGUUCAACAGUAUUUGUUUCUGGUAAUAAUUUAUGGUGUUCUAAUAUUGGAGAUUCAAGAUCUGUAAAUAAAUUAACUUAAGUUAGAUAUUUAUAGAACAACACAGAGACUCUAAUAAAUGGAAGAUUGUAGAAUUGAGUAAUGAUCAUAAACCUGAUUUGCCUACAGAAAAAAAAAGAAUUCUUGCAAGUAAAGGAAGAGUACAACCAUUUGUAACUGAGAAUGGAUAAAAUAUAGGUCCAGCCAGAGUAUGGCUUUUGCAUGAAUAAAUACCUGGUUUAGCAAUGAGUAGGUCAUUUGGAGAUUAUGUUGCAUCUACUGUAGGAGUCAUCUCUGAACCAGAAGUUAUAUACCAUAAAUUAAAUCAAAAAUGCGGAUUUUUAGUUGUUGCUAGUGAUGGCGUUUGGGAAUUCCUGACUAAUGAAGAGAUUUAAUAAAUUGUUUGCAAAUAUUGGAGUCCUUAAAUGAACGCAAAGAAAAUUGAUGAAAUGGUUGACAAUAUAGUUAAAGAAUCUACUAAGAGAUGGUAGGAAGAAGAUGAAGUUAUUGAUGACAUUUCAAUCAUUAUUGCAUAUCUCUCUUGA